AUGUUAUACAUGUGGUCAGCCUGGGCAUUAUGCCAGAUAUUGUUCGCAAUAUUUAAACCAGUGAUGGAAUCACGUAAUGGUGGUAGUGGCUCCAACAAUCACAAUAUAAAACCAUCACCUUUAACAUUUAUUACAGUUCCAGUGAAUGGAAAAAUGAUCAAAACCUUGGUGGAUACUGGAGCAAUCAAUUCAAUUAUUAAUCAAUCCACCUUAUCAAAGCUUCAUCAUGCACCCAUCACAAGAAAAAGUUAUUAUUAUCAAUUAGUCAAUAAGACUAAUAUGCAUUUUAUUGGCGAAGUACAACUGAAGGUUAGAAUUAAAUAUAUAACCACCUGGGUUACGGCCUUGGUGACGGAUUCAUUAUGUACCAAUUUUAUUUUGGGUAAAGAUUGGAUACGACAAUACCAAGGUGAUGUAUUAGAAAGCAGUCAGGAGAUUAGAAUUAGAAUUAGAUCUGGUCCAGUAUCAAUACCAUUUGAUGAAGAUACAGAAAAUGUUGCGUUUGAUAUUAAACUUCUUCAUCCAAUUAUAUUAGAUCCACGACAAGAAUGUGAGGUUGAAGCACAAGUUCCCAUUUCAACAGCUGACACAGUUAUAUUUCAUCCAAAACAACAACUUCAACAUAAUCCGGCAAUUUUGAUGCCACAUGCAUUACUGAAAAUUACAAAUUAUACGACAAAAUUGACGGUGAUCAAUCUAAAUGACCAUCAAAGACACAUUCCACGGAAUACCAGCUUAGGUGUUAUUACCUAUGCUCCAUCUAGUGUGCAAUGUUUUGCAUUAACUUCAUCAUCACCAUCAAAACGACACUCAUCCUUGGAUAUUCAACACAAUGAUAGCAGAACUCAGCAAUCACCAACAUCAAGUGAUAUUGAUAAUACCAUACAUAAAUUGAUCAACCAUUUAGAUGAACAAAAACAACAAGAAGUAUAUCCAAUGUUAUUGAAACAUCGAACAUUAUUUAAUUUAUCAAAAAUGACAAUCGCCAAUACACAGAUUCGACAUGUAAUUCGCACGGGUGAUCAUAAUCCGAUUAGUUCCAGGCCAUAUUCAAAAACAACAAAUAUUAGCAGAACACCUCAACAGAUGGGAAAGAAUUAUCUCAUUAGACGUUCAACCUCACCAUGGGCGUCUCCAGUUGUCUUGAUCAAGAAGAAAGACGGGUCAACUAGAUUUUGUGUAGAUUACAAGAAACUUAACAACAUCACCAAAAAAGAUUCCUAUCCAUUACCACAUAUGGGAGAAACAAUUAAUCGCUUUGAUGGUCACCAAUAUUUCACCAAAUUAGAUCUUAAAUCUGGCUAUUUCCAAAUACCCAUCCAAGAAGAUGAUAAAGAAAAAACAGCAUUCAUUCUUCAGGAUGGUCACUGGAAAUUCGAUGUGUUACCACAAGAUCCAUCAAAAUGUUCAUUAAUUCACCUACAAAUGGAUUAUUUAGGCCACACAGCCAACAACGAAGGUGUUACACCUUUGAUGGAUAAAGUUAAAGCUCUUAUUGAUUUACCGACACCAAAAUCAAUUAAGGACGUUGAUGCAUUUUUGGGAGCAGCUACUUAUGAACAAUUGAAAGAAAGUUUAUCAACAGAACCGUUAUUAUUGUCAUUUGCCGACUCAUCAUCACCACUGGUUUUAUCAACAGAUGCAUCCGACAUUGGUUAUGGUGGCGUUUUAAAACAAAUUACCAAAGACGGUCCAAAGCCAAUCAGCUAUUUAUCACGUAAAUUAAAUCCGGCGGAGAAAAGAUAUGAUACCACCGAAAAGGAAUGUCUAGCCAUGGUGCGUUGUAUUGAAGAAUUUAGAUCAUAUCUAUUAGGACGAGAAUUUACAGUGAAAACUGGCCAUUGUCCGUUGUGUAAUUUUCAUAAAAAACCGUCCAAAGUGGAUAGAUGGUCAAUUGGUUUAGGUGAAUAUGAUAUCGUUGAAAUAAAAUAUAAAAAAGGCAAAUGUAACUGUGAUGCGGAUUUAAUGUCAAGAUAUCCAGCAACAACAUUCAAUGACCAGAUAACAUCAAGAAACGUUAAAGGUAGAAUGAAUGGUGCACUAAUUGACGAUGAAGAAGAAGUAAAUCCACAAGUUAAUGUAAUUUACUAG